GUGCAUAUUCUUCAGAUUUAACUAAACUCACACACUGUACUGUGCAUCUUAUGGUGUUUAUGAUGCAGCUUCCCAGCCAGCAAGCAGCAGAUAACAAGAUACAAGAAAUCACUGAUGGGUCCCAGCCUGCUAGGCCUAAGGGGAAGUUGACUCGUCCAAAGCCUUGCUAUUUAUGGACAACAGCUGAUGUACAGAAAUGGUUCAAGCGUCAUUGUAGUGAAUACUUUCAGCUCUACUCCAAUCUUCUUAUUAAGCAUGACAUAACGGGGAAGGCCCUAGUGCGGAUGAGUGAAGGGACUCUAAUGAGGAUGGGUAUCAAGCAUCCUGAACAUGUUGAAGCCAUUUGGCGGGAGAUCCUCAAACAACGCCUCAAAGCAGAUAUCCAGGAAAUGAAGGAAAUUGAAAUGAGUGCAAUUGUACCCUAAAGGUAACUAAAUACCUUAGUUACAAUUUCAGAUAUGUUUAACGUACCUUUUACCUUACACAGACAGUCAUCCGUAUUUUAUAGAUAUAGAAGAUAGACAAUGAUUAAAUCAAGUAAUAAAAACUUGACUAGCGGACGAAGACAAAGAUGGGGUACAUACAGCCCGCC